AUGAGCAGAACUCAUCCACCACAGCUCAAGUUGUACAUGGACAAGAACAUGUUGUUCAAAUUGAAUGGAAAUAGGUAUGUGCGUAAUUUUUAUUCAUUCUGACUUCUGUUUUUAGGCAGAUUACCGGGAUUUUGCGUGGAUUCGAUCCCUUCAUGAAUUUGAUUGUCGAGGAAGCCAAGGAACAUCCAAAGGUGGGAUUUCGUUGAUCUUUCUUUUGUUUUUGGACAUAAAAAGCUCCGGCGAUACUUGGUUUUGAUAAUUGAACGAGUUUUACGCCGAUUUUUGCUUUAAAAAAUUGAAUUGCACUAGACAUCUAAUGUUUUCCUUUUAAGAACGGCGAGCCCAAGGAUAUCGGAAUGGUGGUGGUGCGUGGAAACUCGAUCGUCACUAUGGAGCCUCAACAACGUUUAGAUGGAUAA